GCGAGCCGUAGUGGGCGGGGUGCGCACGCGUCAAGGACCCGGAAGCGGCGCGGGAGCGGCUGGAGGGAGCAGACAUUCCCCGUCAUGGUGGGCGAGAGGAGGAAUGGAAACCUGCUCGUGCACCUGGGGCCCACGCUGCAGGCCCACCCCGAGGAGCUGAUCCGGCAGCGCCGGGGCCACGAUGGCCACACCGAGUACCUGAUUCGCUGGAGCAUCCUCAGCUUGGAGGAGGGCCCAGGGAGCAGCACCAAUGCCUCUUCGGCGGAGAGCAAAGCGGAGAACAUCCUGAUGUGGAUGUCGGCAGAGGAGGUGUAUGCCAACUGCCCGACGCUGCUGGGCAAGAGGAAGCCCGAGGGGCAGCGGGUGAAGGAGGAGAAGGCGCCCAGCACGUUCCCUCCGGACGUCACGCUGGACGAGGCCUCGCUGCUGGAGAUGAAGGCUGACGUCAGGAACCUGGUGCAGCGGGCUAGCCGGCAGAUGGCCGGGCCCACGGGCCCGGAGUCCUCCAUCCUCAACACCAUCCACGUGCUGAGCGCCUACGCCAGCAUUGGCUCGCUGACGGGCGUCUUCAAGGAGACCGGGGCCCUGGACCUGCUGAUGAAGAUGCUGUGUAAUGAGGAGAAGCAAAUCCGUCGCAGCGCCGGCAAGAUGCUGAGGGCCCUGGCUUCACACGACGCAGGGAGUCGGGCCUACGUUCUCCUGUCCCUGAGCCAGCAGGACGGCAUUGAGCAGCACAUGGACUUCGACAGUCGCUACACCCUCCUGGAGCUGUUUGCGGAGACCACGUCCUCCGAAGAGCACUGCAUGUCCUUCGAGGGGAUCCACCUGCCCCAGAUCCCCGGGAAGCUGCUGUUCUCGCUGGUGAAGCGCUAUCUGUGCGUCACCUCUCUCGUGGACAAGCUCAACAGCAGCACGGAGCUGGGCGGGGAGCGGCAGGACUGCGCCGUGCCCUGCGCUCACGUCGGGGAGAGGAGCCGCAUGCAGCGGGAGUUCGAGUUCAGCAUGGCCAUGGCCAAUCUCAUCUCCGAGCUGGUGCGGGUGAUGGGCUGGGACCGCAGCCAGAGGAUGGAGCUGCUGUCCCUGCAGGAGGGGCAGCCGCGGGUCGUCCGCUCCAUCUUCCAGCCCAAGGCUCCCGCCUGCGCCGCCGUCCAGGUGGCCUCCUGCCCACCCCAGAAAGAAGCCAGUGCCUUCAAGACGCGCUCUGCCUUUCCGAGCCGCAGCAGCUAUGUGGAGUACGUGCAGGGGAACUUGGUGCGGGGCAUGCGGGUGCGCAUGCUGGAGGACUACGAGCAGGUCAGCGCUGGGGACGAGGGCGAGUUCCGCCAGAGCAACGACGGCACACCGCCCGUCCAGGUUUAUUGGCAGGCGCUGGGCCGCACCUACUGGGUGCACUGGCACAUGGUGGAGAUUGUCAGUUCGUCUGGCCAGGCGGAGCGGGAAGUCCAGGAAAAGGUGUCCAGCCUGACGGAGAACCUGAAAUUGACCACUGUCCCCCUCCCCCUCCCCGCCCCAGCAGCGCCCGCCCCAGGUCACCUUCCAGACGGUGGAGAUCAAGACGAUGCCCAACACAGCCUGCGCCGAGAGGAGACAGACCUUCUCCACCUUCAGGUAGAAGCGGAGCGGGGCUGUGUGCGCGGGCCAGGCGGGCACGGACACUGACACUGCCCCGCGGCACUGCUCCCUGGGGUGCCAGAGCCCCACCCACAGGCAGUGCAUUGGCUGCCCAGUGCUGGGGGUCUAGGCACGCCUGGGGCUCGAGCCAGGAGAGAAGUCCUGCCUAGGCCCAGCCACUGCCCCUGGAGCACAAGACACGAUUCCCAAGGGCUUGAGGUUUUUAAUUUAAAUAAAACAGCUGUGCUGA